GCUCGGGUCAGUGACGCAGCGUGAGGAGGCGUCUGUCCGCUGUACUUGCUCUGUUGUGAGUGCGUUGUUUGCUCUAAGACGGAAGUGUUGAAAUGAAGCCGGCAGUGGACGAGAUGUUCCCAGAGGGAGCUGGUCCUUAUGUGGAUCUAGAUGAGGCAGGUGGAAGUUCUGGACUUUUGAUGGAUUUAGCAGCAAAUGAAAAGGCGGUGCAUGCAGAUUUCUUCAAUGAUUUUGAAGAUCUGUUUGAUGAUGAGGAUAUCCAGUAAUAUCCCAGCUUUAAUGCACGAAGACUCUAUUUACUGCUUACGUCCCAUCAAUGAUGGGAAAUGUUAGAUGACUUUGUGUUUAUAGUUGCCUUGUAAAUAAAAUAUCCUUGCUAGAA